AUGUCAUUGUAUGCCUUGGAAUCUGAACUCUACCUGCAGAGUGCAGAUUUUGAAUCUGAAUCUGAAGAUUCUGAACCUGAGGAGCACGAUGUAUUCCUCAGUUUUAGAGGUGAAGACACCCGCAAUACUUUUACCGAUCAUCUAUAUCAGGCUUUGGUUGAUAAAGGGAUUAGCACCUUUAAGGAUGAUGAAAAAAUUGGGAUUGGAAAACCCAUUUCCCCGGAACUUUUGCUUGCAAUUGAGAGGUCGAGCAUGGCAGUCAUCGUGUUGUCAAGAAAUUAUGCAUCUUCCACAUGGUGCUUACAAGAACUUGCAAAAAUUAUUGAAUGCAUGAAAGAGAGGGAGAUGAGAGUUUUGCCCAUUUUCUACCAUGUGGAUCCUAGUGAUGUGCGAAAUCAGACGGGCACUUUUGCAGAUGCCUUUGCCAAACAUGAGAUACGUUUUGAGAAGAACUUAGAGAAUGUGCAAACAUGGAGAAAUGCAUUGAGAGAAGUGGCUAAUCUCUCCGGACGCCAUUUACAGAAUGGGUAA